AUGCCGCUUCCCCUUAGUGCCCAGCAGACUGGAGACGUUCAGACUAUCUACUACCCUGGCAUGCCAGUCCAGCAGUUCGAUCCCUCCAUCUACUCCACUCAGAUUCCUUUUGGUCUUUCUGCAACAGACAUGGGAGUGCAGCAGCAGUUCGCAUUUUUGCCAGGCGCUGUGCAGGUUCAGCCAUCGCAGGUCGGCGUCAGCGCCGCCGUCCCGACGCAAACGGUGCCCAUGCAGUACAUCUCCUAUGAUCUUGGUGCAAAUCAAGCUGUUAUGAAUGCGGGUAUGGGAUUUUCUGGCCUGAGUAUGCCACCAGCUAUGCCUGGUUCAUUCAACUCAGAUCUUGGAGUAAGAGCCAACCCGGAAGAGAAGCUUCGUGAAGCCAUGAGGACCAUACAGGAUCUCUCAGACAAACUCCAAGAAAAAACCUCUUUUGCCAACAACGCGAAGAAUGUUGUGAUGCAGCUCAACAGACAGCUCAGCAAGUACAGGGGCGAGUGCACGAAGCUCGAUGCGGCUUGCCAGCAGUACAAGAAAGAGCUCGAUUCCAACCUCACUCGUCAGAACAUGGUUGAUGAGCUCGGCAAAGCUUACACUGAGGUCAACGAGAAAUGUGCGAAGUUGGAGAUGAGCUGCCAAUUGUACGAACGUCAAAAUCAGGAGUUGAAAGAGAGAAUCCGCUUGUUUGAGGGGCAGGAUAAAGUCAUUUCUUCACUCGGAGAACAAGUUGAUGAAUAUCGCAACAAAUGCGCUCAGCUUGAGGACAGUUGUAUGCGAUUCCAAGUGGAGAGCGAGGAGAGCCAGGUCCUCAAACAAGUUAUCGCGGAUGGCAAGGCUCAAAUCGAUAUGCUUGUCGAACGUAUCCGUACCCUCGAGAUGGAGAAUCAAAGAAGCGCAAUUCAGUUGGAACGUGCUAUGCAAACGCAAAAGAUUCCUUUGAACUGA